GGUUUUGCGAAACCAACAGCCCUCAGGGCUUUUAAAAAAUUAGAAAAAAAAAAAAGAAUCAAAUUCCAUUCGUCAUUCUUCCUUUUCUGCCACCGAAUAAAUGUCUACUUCAUCGAGAAGAAGGGGUAAUGCGCCGGUGCCGCGAUCGCUUCCGCCGUCGGAGAGGUUUCAGACGGGGCGUACGAACGGAUCUUCGUCGGCAUCGUUUGCUUCUUACACAAGUUCAAGCUUCUAUUCUCGGUCGUCCACUUUCUUUGAUCACCAGAAGAAGCAGCAGCAGCAUCGAUCGGCUUCUCCCACUCGCGUCAAUCUGUACACAUCUCCUUUGACGCCUUCGUUUAGUUUCUCCAUCAGCAAUAGAUCUGUCUCUCCGAAUCGGUCGAUAACCGUGUCAAAGCGGCAUAACUCGAUCUCGGCUCCGAAGAAGACGUGUAUGUGCUCGCCGACGACGCAUCCGGGAUCGUUCCGUUGCAGUUUGCACAAGAAUAGCGGGAACAAUCACGGGAACGGGUCGGGAUCGUAUCCGUCGAAUCGGUUAAACAUGAGGCGAUCGGCGAUGACAAAUUCGUUGGUGCGAAUUGGAGGUGUUGAAGGAGAGUGGGUGAAGCGAGCGUUGACAGCCCUGAUUCGCCCGUCUUCGCAUCAACAAAGGAGGAGAGCGGCGUUCCAGCCGAGGGCUAGCCGGCUCUCUGUAAUGUCAAAGUCGGAUGAUUGAUCUGAUUGUUUUCUUCACCAGUUGGUUCUUGCUUUCUUUAUUCUGAUCUCAGAUACAGGCGCGAGGAUGUGAGUCUACUCGGGGUGAGUUGACUCAGUGAGUCGAAUCAUUCGCCGAGAUGCUUCAGCCCUGCGAUUUUUGCGGAAUCUAGUUGGAGCAGAGUCGCGUUGAGCGAGUUCGGGAUCCGAGGCAGGUCUGAGUCAGCCCGGACGAGUAUUGUAUUCGGAGAUCUCGAAAAUCUUAGGGAUCUGGAAGACAAAUUCAUUUGUACAUACUCAUUAGCUAUGGAUGGAGAUUUUCGGACUCCAAAAUUCAUCUUUUAAAAUUCGAACAUCGAAUCCAAUUCACACUAAAAUCCUGAUUAAUAGAGGAUUAAAUCUAAUCUAGAAUUACCAAGUCUGGAUAGAUUCUUGAAUGAUAUAUAUGAGAUAUGUAACCCUUCCAGCCAUCCCCGUUACAUUUGCCUUGCCCGUUGGGCGUUAUCAUCCAUCGUCGUUCGCCGUACGUCUCGUCGGCCGUUCCCUCGUUUGUGCCGUCGAGUUGCUUUCUCCCUACGUACAAGGUACUGUGACGAUAUGUUUUGCGUUUGCUUCGGGAUUUUUGUUGGACACUGUAUAAUAAAUAAAAUUUAAGUCAUUGGUGCAAGAAAAAAAAAUCAAAAAUUGAAAAAAAUAUUUUAAAAAAAUAUUUAUGAUUCGAAAUUUUAAAGAGCAAAAAGAGAGAAAUACAUAAAGUAUGAAUUUUAAAAAUAAAUAAAUAAAUAAAUAUAUAUAUAUACUAACAGGGGGCCAGAACCGUAAAAGACGUAAUAAAGGAGAUGCUAAUAUAUUAUGCUACUGUAAUUGACAAUGCAAUUUUGAAAGGAAAAGAAGGGGAUAGAGAGUGCGGGCCCGUUAGUUCCCCCGAAAGGAUGAGAAUUUGGAUGGGGGUGGGGGGGACCAAAGGAGAAAUGGAAAGGA